AUGGCUGUCUCAGAUGUGCCCGCUUCGCAAAGUCAUGCACAGGCGCAAUCUGUGUCAUCAGUCUCAAAUUCAGAACCUAAGCAGAAGCUACUAGGGAGGGCAUUCUACGAGAGUUUGGGAAGUCCGAAAUAUAUUGUCGCCCCCAUGGUAGAUCGCUCAGAAUUCGCAUGGCGCAUGCUAACUCGCUCGUUCAUGUCAUCCGACGACCAAAGACCACUGCUUUCUUACUCUCCCAUGUACCAUGCACGCUUGUUCCGCGAACAAACUACCGUCCGUUUUCAGCAUUUCCGCCCCACGCGCGAUACCGAUAGCACUCCUUACCUAGAUGGAAAUCCUAACCUUGACCGGCCUCUUUUCGUCCAAUUCUGCGCAAAUGACCCAGAGGACCUAUUGGAGGCUGCACGUCAUGUGGAACCAUACUGUGAUGCCGUUGAUCUGAACCUUGGAUGUCCACAGGGGAUUGCAAAGAAGGGCCAUUAUGGAGCAUUCCUUCAGGAGGACUGGGAUCUUAUUUAUAAGUUAAUCAAUCGACUACACACGAAUCUUUCAAUACCAGUUACGGCCAAAUUUCGAAUUCUGGAAACUAAGGAGAAGACUUUGGAAUAUGCAAAGAUGAUUCUCUCGGCUGGGGCAAGUAUCAUCACACUCCACGGCCGCAGGAGAGAGCAAAAAGGACACAACACAGGCUUGGCUGAUUGGAGCUAUAUCCGUUAUAUCCGAGACAACCUACCCCCAGAGACAGUGAUAUUUGCCAAUGGAAACAACCUGAACCAUGACGACUUGGAACGUUGCCUUGAAGCAACAGGUGCGGAUGGAGUGAUGAGCGCGGAAGGAAACUUGUCGGACCCCUCGAUUUUUAGUAAACCUCCUCCAAUAGGUCGCGAGACAAGGGAAUAUUGGCGAGAUAGGAAUGGCAAAGGUGGAUAUCGGAUAGACGCAGUUCUUCGACGGUAUCUGGACGUCAUUUACAAAUAUGUCCUUGAGCAACCUAUUCCAGAGAGGAAACCUCUCUACCUCCCAUCAGAUCCAGUGGAAGAUACAUCAGAAGCAGUCUCUGAUACUUCUCCUGAUGGAGCGGAGGAUGGGCCGCCUAAGAAGAAGCAAAAGCGGGACAAGACAAAGACAAAGAGACCGAACUCCCCCAGCCUUGUCGUGAUGCAAGGACACCUCUUCCAGCUCCUUCGUCCUAUGGUUGCAAAUCACACGAACGUUCGAGAUGCCCUUGCUCGUUCAAAGCCCGGUGAUAUGUCAGCAUUCGAGCACGUUUUGUCACUUGUAGAAAAAGCAAUCAAAGAGGGUCUUCAAGAAUACGAGCAAUUCCCAGAGCGCUUUGAGGGGCCUCCUAGUCAAGAGCUGACAGGGUCCAAGGCGACAAUCGCCGAAUAUGGUAGGCCUUGGUGGAUUUGUCAACCACAUGUUCGACCCUUGCCAGAAGAAGCCAUGGAGCUCGGAGCGCUUACAGCUAAGAAAAAGAACGGCGUAAGGGAACAAAAAUCUUGUGCGGAAGCGCCUUCAGAGAAGAACACCCCUCCCGAAACUAGUGUUACUCCUCAAGACCCAACUUCAGCUACAGCAACCCCAGAUGCUUUGGUUAGCGGCUGA